AUGGCCACAAAAGGAAAACAGCUACCCCACGAGCGGCGGAAAGGCGAAUCCGCCUUGAGCGAAUUCGCCGACUACGUCGAGAAGCAACAGGCGCUACGCUACCCUUCCACGUCUGGCGCCGCAUCCACAACAGUCGAAGAGCACGCCGAGCUCGAUAUCCUUAACUCCCUUGAUCUUGCAGAUGUAUCACCUGCGGUCCGAUUAAAAGAGCUGCUGCUCGAUAAUAGUGAGGAGACAUUAGCGAAACUGGUUCAUGUGUUAGAGAAUCGGAUGGACGAAGGACAUGGAGAGACUGUAUUCGAAAUUGGAUUUGAAAAUAAUGGCGAGUCGAUGGCGUUGACUAAAGAGGACUGGGAUGUGGCUUUGAAGAGAUUGGUUCUGGCUGCGCAAAAGGUGCGGGCUGAUUGUCGGGUGCUGCUAACAAAGGGUGUUGGCGGAGAAGCUGAAGGGGAGGCGGUGGCGGGUGAGAAGGGAAAAGAGUGCAGUGGAAAAGUGCUCAUAAGGCAACAUCCUGCAACUGUGGAGGAAGUGAUUGAGACCAGGAUAGCGGUGGUAGGGAAUGUGGAUGCGGGGAAGAGUACUAUGUUGGGUGUCCUGGUUAAAGGGGGCUUGGAUGAUGGACGUGGGAAAGCACGAGUUAAUCUCUUCAGACACAAGCAUGAGAUUGAAUCUGGGCGGACAUCUUCUGUCGGCAUGGAGAUUAUGGGCUUUGACACUAUGGGCAGGGUCGUUACAUCUGAUGUUCCGGGCCGGAAACUGUCCUGGGAAGAGAUUGGAAAACGCUCUGCGAAAGUCAUCUCGUUCACCGAUUUGGCUGGUCACGAAAGAUACCUGCGAACCACUGUCUUCGGUCUCUUAUCCUCAAGCCCGAACUACUGUCUACUCAUGGUAGCAGCCAAUAACGGUCUCAUUGGCAUGAGCAAAGAACACUUGGGUAUCGCACUGGCGCUGAACGUUCCGGUAAUGGUAGUCAUCACCAAAAUUGACAUCUGCCCUCCCCAAAUCCUGGAACAGACCAUCCAGCAAGUAACCCGGAUUCUCAAAUCCCCUGGAGCGCGGAAAAUCCCAAUAUUCAUCAAGAACCGCGAGGAGUGCAUCAAUACCGCCACACAGUUCGUCUCUCAGCGCAUCUGCCCCAUAUUUCAAGUCUCCAACGUCACUGGCGAGUCCCUUGACCUUGUUCGAGAGUUCUUGAAUAUCUUGCCUCAUCAUGGACAUUAUGAUGCGGAAGCACCUUUUGAGUUUCACGUCAAUGACACCUUCUCCGUCCCCUUCGUCGGCACCGUCGUAUCAGGUGUAAUAAAGAGCGGCGUUAUACAUGCUGGUGACACUGUGCUCAUCGGACCCGACUCCCUUGGUCAAUUUACUACGACUAGCAUCCGAUCCAUAGAGCGGAAACGAAUCCCUGUUCCCGCUGCUUCAGCUGGUCAAUCUGCCUCCUUUGCUCUGAAGCGUGUGCGCCGGAAAGAUGUACGGAAAGGGAUGGUUGUUCUUCCGAAAUUGGAGCAGAAUGCUCCCAAAGUCUAUCGGGAAUUCGUUGCUGAAGUGUUGAUCCUCUCUCAUGCAACGACCAUAAAAACCAAAUACCAAGCCAUGCUCCACGUCGGUCCCGUCUCCCAAACAUGUGCCAUAAUCGACAUCGACCGCUCAUAUAUCCGGACGGGAGACCGUGCCCUCGUCGCCUUCAGAUUCGUGCAGAGGCCAGAGUAUCUUGCCCCUGGCGACCGAUUGCUAUUCAGAGAAGGCAGGACGAAAGGGCUAGGUAUCGUUAAGAGCGUUGGAUAUGAUCCGAGCAAGCCAUUAAACCCAGAAACGCAGAAAGAGGAGGACAAGGAAGUGAGGGGGAAUGGGCAAGUUGUUGAAGAUGCAGGAACGUCGGCGGCUCCUGAUCCGGCUUGA